GAAGGCUGGCAUCGUGUGCUCCUUGAACGCGCGCACCGCCAUUUUAGCCUCCGCCAAUCCGGCGGACUCCUGCUACAAUCCCAAGCUCUCGGUGGUGGAGAACAUCAAAUUGCCGAAGAACCUUAUGACGAGAUUCGACUUGAUCUGGCUGAUGCUGGAUAAGCGGCACCGCGACAACGAUCAUCGGCUGGCGAUGCAUUUGUUGUCCAUGUACUCGGAGGGUGAGAAGAAACAAGUGGAGCCCGAGGUGGAUGCGGAGACCUUCCGGCGCUAUGUGUCCUUUGCUCGGCAGUGGGUCUUCCCCACCAUCUCCGACGAGGCGGCGGAGGUCCUGAGCGCCAGUUACAUGGACUUGCGGAACCAAGGCUCUCGCGAGGUGAUCACGGCCACUCCACGGAUCCUGGAGUCCCUCAUCCGGAUCUCUGAGUCUUUGGCCAAGAUGGAACUACGAGAGUCUGUGCUGGCAUCAGAUGUGAACGAGGCCGUGCGUUUGCUGAAAGCCGCCACCUAUGCAGCAGCCGUAGAUCCGGAGACAG